AUGGAUUCUCAGGCGGAAGUGCUGCAGCUGGGCGACGCCGACGGCGCCGACACCGGCCCCGCCGACAAGACGUCGUCGUGUCCCGUCUCGUCGGCGGCCGCGUUCACCUCUUUCUCCAUCUCCAGCAUCCUCAGCCGCGCUGACUCCAAAGGGCAACCCAAGGGCCUGGCCUCGGGGGUCCUCAGGGCACCGCUGCCCCUCUCGCCGCAUCCUGCGGCCCAUUUGCACGCCGACCCCGCAAUGCUUUCCAGAUUAGGCCUUAUGUCCCAUUUAGGGGCGUUGGCCGUCGCUGGACGGAGCUCAUUCCUCACUUCAAUCUACCCCGAGAGCAAACACCCCGCCAACUCGUGGUACUCCUCUUGGGUGCAGCGUUCUCCGGCCGCCGUGGCCGCCCUGAACGCGGCGGCCGCGGCCGUCGUGGCGCACAGCGACCGACCCAGCCCCACAGGAAGCGAAAGCCAAAGUGCCCCCAGUUCUCCAGGCGGCGUAAACAGAAACGAAGACGUUCCCUCGCCCAGCGGCUCUAUGCACUCGAGUGUGGUGCUGUCGCCAGGGGCACCGUCGCCCCGACCUCUGCCCUCGCCCCUACCUCACCACGGACAUCACCCGCUGCUCAUGCAGAGUCCCAAGCAGGACGAAAACAAGAACAAACCUGCCAGACCGAGCAGCACCUCCAGUGGCGGAAGCACCGCCGGCCAAAAUAAGAGAAAGAAGAAGACGCGCACUGUCUUUUCAAGAUCACAGGUUUUCCAGCUAGAGUCGACAUUUGACAUGAAACGGUACCUGUCAAGUUCGGAGAGGGCCGGACUGGCGGCCUCGUUGCACCUGACAGAGACGCAGGUCAAAAUUUGGUUCCAAAACCGUCGGAACAAGUGGAAGCGGCAGCUGGCCGCUGAGCUCGAGGCGGCCAACAUGGCUCACGCGGCGCAGCGGCUGGUCAGGGUGCCCAUCCUGUAUCACGAGGGCGGCUCGGGGGCGUCCGCGUCGUCGGGCGCCGACGGGCCGCCACCCGGUGCCGCCGCCUACCCUGCCCUCUACUACCACCACCAACACCAAGCGGCCGCGGCCGCGGCGGCCGCCUUCGGCUCAUCUAGUCCAGUGAGUCGGGCCCCACCCCCUCCGGCCACCCUCUCUGGACUCGUCUAGCCAUCACUCGAUCUCGACCGUAGGACGAACAAAUGAAUAAUUUAUUGGACGGUUGAGACAAAUAAAAAGUGACUAUGUGUGUGCGCCAUGUUGAAAAGAAAAGGACGCGAUUCUGUUUCUCAAAAGUGUUGUGCAAUGUGUUCGUUGAGGUUUGUUGCUCUUCUCGUCACUCAAAAGCGGCCACCACGAUUUUGUUUUUAAUUCACCAAAAAGGCUUGAUACCUUUAGAAUUAUUCCUUUAUGAUCUGUUUUUCAUAUUUUACAAGAUAAAAAAUUGUAGAUUUCACUAUUAAUCUCCACAAUGCAGAUCGAUUUUUGUUCUUCAAUUAUUCUAAUCCAG